AUGAAGCUAAUCAAUGGUCUUUCUAUGCUUACCCUCCUUGCGGGGCUGGCGAUUGCCGCACCUGCAAACUCGAGGGAAACUCUUGACAAGCGUGAGGAUGCCGAGACAGCAGAGCCACUGCAGUGGAUCAAACGCGAUGAUGCUGAGACAGCCGAACCACUUCAAUGGAUCAUGCGUGUCGAUGCUGAGCAGGCGGAGCCAUUGCAGUGGAUCAAGCGCGAGGAUGCUGAAAAAGCAGGGCCAUUGCAGUGGAUCAAACGCGAAGACAGCGAGACGGCCGAGCCUCUGCAAUGGAUCAAGGCCAAGCGCGAGGAGGCCGAAAAGGCGGAGCCCCUUCAGUGGAUCUGA